CGGGAGGGGGGAGGGGCGGGCGGCAGCCCCGGGACCAGGUGAUUAUUAAGUAUGUAGCUACGUCUGAAGAAAUAUAAAGUGGCUUUGCGUCAUGUUGACUAACAAGAUAGGGCAUCAUUUAAUGUUACAUCAAGCAAUGAUUCCAAGACACCUGAAACUGUUUCCCUGUAUUCAUGGCAAUAGACUGUUAUCAGGUUACAAACCUAAAAGCAAUGUGAAGGACUCCUACAGAAUUCUUGAGCUGCAGGAAGGAUGUUCCCUUGAUGAUAUCAGGAAUUCAUACCGAAAUCUUGCCAAAAAAUAUCAUCCAGACAGCGGUUCCAUCACGGCUGAUUCUGAAGCAUUUAUGAAAGUGGAAGAAGCUUACAGAGUUGUGCUCAGUGAUGUGGCAAACAAAAAGAAAUCCAGUGAGGAUGGAGAGGAAGACCAGUUCAAAUCAAAAGCACUACAGCAUAGACACUACUUGAGUUUUGAAGGUGUUGGUUUUGGAAUGCCAAGCCAAAGAGAAAGGCAAUACAUGCAAUUUCGAGUAGACCGUGCUGCUGAACAAGUGUUGGAAUACCGGAAGCAGAGGCUUGAAGGGCAGUGUGCUGUGACUGACCUAAUGAAAGCCAAAGAUGUGAGACAGAGCAAAAAGGUGAAAAUAACGCAAGCAAUUGAACGGUUGGUUGAGGACCUCAUCCAGGAGUCAAUGGCUAAAGGAGACUUUGACAAUCUCAGCGGUAAAGGAAAGCCAUUGCAGAAAUUUUCAGACUGUCCACAUAUUGAUCCUAUGACUCACAAUCUGAACAGAAUUCUGAUAGACAACGGAUACCAGCCGGAAUGGAUCCUGAUGCAGAAAGAAAUACGUGAAACGAUAGAGCAAUUAAGAAAGGGGAUAGUGGCAUCUAGGAAUAAGCUUGGAGGGCCAAUGACGCCGUAUAGACAGAAGCAAUGGAACCGUGUUUGUGAGCAAUUCAUAGAAGAUAUCAGGAAAUUAAACAAAAGAAUUGACAACUUCAAUUUAGUUGUUCCUAUUCUAAGCAGGCAAAUGGUGCACUUUAAUGCAGACAAAGAAAUUGUACGAGCACAAAAGACUUACGAAGCUUUGAUGGAAAAAGGGGAAGCUUCUAAUUCAGACAUGAAGGAAAUUGAACAGGAAAAUGUUAAAAGGUUUGGGUUGAAGUCUUCUUUAUUUAACUGGUUAAAUCUUAUCUUGAAAUAAGAUAAUAUUGAUCCAUCUGUCUUGUCAAGGUUUUGAAUGCACUUUAUUACUAAAACACGUAGCAUUAGAAAGAGAAAUUUCAGGUAUACUGAAAAUAUGAAUUCCACCUGUCUGUUGUUACUAUUAGUUGUCUGAUGUGCAUUUGCAGGUGCUUAAUAGAUUUCUGUGUGCGUACAGUAAGGAGCAAAUAAAUUCUCUCCGUUACACUCUU